AUGGCACCAAAACAGGCGAACCUCGGGUACGUGAAGCCCAGCCAGAGCACAUUAGGAAAGUACUUCGGUGCACAGGGUCCGGCGCCACAGCGACAGAUGAUGCUGAGCUUCGCGACCAAGACGAAAACCGAAAAGAGGGACGAGACUGUCGAGACUGCCGAUGAGGAUGGGGAGAGGGACAUGAGUGCCAAGGAAAACACAGAUCCUGAAAAGGACUCGAUGAAACGGCCUAUCAAGCGGGAAGGUCAAGACGAGGAUGACGACGCCCCCGUUGCUAAGCGAGCGAGACGGAGCCGAGUCAAGAUCGAAGACGACGACGACGACUGUGCCAUAGACCAGAAGUCUCGACCAUUGAAUAAGAUGGAAAGGUCUAGCAGCCCUCCGUCGAAAGACAAAGGCACGAUGAGCCCUGUGCCGACAAGCUCGCAGACAAAGGAUUGUCGGCCACAAUCUCCACCCACAGCAAAAGAAUGCUCAAAAGAGGAGAUUUGUUCAGAGGUGAAAUGCGAGUCCGAAUCCGAAACAGAACAGCCUGUAGUCGAAGAAGAGAGCAAGGAGGACGCUGCCGAGGCCCGCGCGAAGGUUCAGACCCAACUCACGGCCAAGGCCAAGCACCCAUACCCGGACUGGAAAGCUGGGGAUCCUGUCCCAUACGCUGCGCUAUGCCAAACGUUUUCUCUUGUUGAGAUGACGACAAAACGGUUGAUCAUUAUGGAGCACUGUUCCCUGUUCCUCCGGCAGGUCAUCCGGCUUACCCCCGAUGACUUGCUGCCAACCGUCUUGCUCAUGAUCAACAAGCUUGCCCCUGAUUAUGCUGGUGUUGAGCUUGGCAUUGGAGAGUCACUCAUCAUGAAAGCCAUCGGGGAGACGACGGGACGAAGUCUCCAGGUCAUAAAGGCCGAUCAAAAGGAUAUUGGCGACUUGGGGCUGGUGGCAGUGAAAAGCAGAAGUACGCAGCCGACCAUGUUCAAGCCGAAACCGUUAAGUGUCAGAGGUGUCCAUCAAGGUCUGAUGAGCGUUGCAACCGUGGCGGGCAACGGAGCCCAGGGCAGAAAGGUUGACGGCAUCAAGAAGUUGCUGUCUGCAUCUGAUUCCCGCGUUACUGGCAAAGUUGACAUCACCAAGGACAAAGGUGGGCCGAGCGAAGCCAAGUUUAUUGUUCGGUUCCUUGAAGGUAAGUUGAGGCUCGGUCUUGCCGAGAGGACCGUUCUAGUAUCUCUGGCCCAAGCGAUCGUCUGUCAUGAAGCCGAGAAGAAGGGCAAAAUGCCGACCACAACUGAGUUGGAAAAUGGAGAGUCGGUAUUGAAAACGGUAUACAGUGAGCUUCCGAGCUACGACGUCAUCAUUCCAGCGAUGCUCAAAUACGGAAUCAUGAACCUUCAAGACCACUGCAAGCUUCGUCCCGGGGUUCCGUUGAAACCCAUGCUGGCCAAGCCGACCAAGGCCAUCACCGAGGUCUUGGAUCGUUUUGAGGAUCAAGAGUUCACGUGCGAGUACAAGUACGAUGGGGAGCGGGCACAAAUCCACUACGUUGCCAAGGACGCACCACAGGAACUGAGCCAAGCGACUGCCGGAGCAAGCAAGGCAGCGGCAGACGGAGUCGCCAGCAUUUUUUCGAGAAACUCCGAGGACCUUUCGCGCAAGUACCCAGAUAUUCUCGAGAAGCUGCAUACAUGGGUCAAGGGGGGGACAAAGAGCUUUGUUCUCGACUGUGAGACCGUUGCGUGGGAUGUGGAUGAGAAGAAGGUGUUGCCUUUCCAACAGUUGAUGACACGCAAGAAGAAAGAUGUCAAAUCGGAGGAAGUGAAGGUCAAGGUUUGUGUGUUUGCCUUUGAUCUGCUUUACCUGAACGGGGAACCAGUUGUGCAAAGGCCGCUUCGCGAGCGACGAGAGCUCCUGCGGGGAGCCUUCACGCCGGUGGAUGGCGAAUUCUCCUUUGCCACAUUCAUGAAUGGGCAGGAACUCGAUGAGAUUCAGGUCUUCCUUGAUGAAAGUGUCAAGGCUUCGUGCGAGGGACUCAUGGUCAAGAUGCUGGACGGGACGGAGAGCGGGUACGAGCCUAGCAAGCGAAGUCGAAACUGGCUCAAGGUCAAGAAAGAUUACCUUUCCGGGGUGGGCGAUUCUCUCGACCUCGUCGUCCUGGGGGCCUAUUACGGCAAGGGCAAACGUACAUCUGUCUACGGCGCAUUCUUGCUGGCCUGCUACAACCCUUCGACAGAGACGUAUGAAACUGUGUGCAACAUCGGUACUGGCUUCUCGGAGCAGGUUCUCGAGGAGUUACACUCUCAACUGUCUCAGAUAACCAUUGCACGGCCAAAACCGUUCUAUUCCCACUCAUCUGGCACACAGCACCAGCCGGAUGUGUGGUUCGAGCCUCGAUACGUUUGGGAGGUCAAGACUGCCGACUUGACCCUCAGCCCUCGCUACAAAGCAGGAUCCAAGGAGGGGGUGGACCCGGCAGGCGACAAAGGCAUUAGCUUGCGAUUUCCGCGCUUCAUUAAAAUUCGCGACGACAAGAAGCCCGAUGCUGCGACUAGCAGCAGGCAAGUGGCGGAGAUGUACAGGAAGCAGGAGAGCGUGGCGAAAAGCAAGGCGCCGGCGGUGGAUGAUGACUUUGAGUACUGA